AUGGAGGAACAACACGUUGAUAUAAAUUGCAUUAAACAGGAGCCUCUCGUCCCGGUGGCCGAAGAUUUCCUGAUAGGGGUGGCCGCUAUGAUCGACGAUUUGCGGCAAGAGGAGGAAAGAAACUUCAGUGAAGAAGAUCGCAAGCCGGUCAUAUUGCAAUCCGUUGAACAGGUACACGAUGAAAAUAGCUUCUACAAUGUGGACAGCAUGGCGAAACAAACGCUGCGCAUGAAAACGGGAGAGGACGAUAUUGUGAUCGAUCCGAAACAGGCUGACUCGCUGCACAACGAAGCCAAGCUGAAGUACGAUCCUGCGCUGCUGAAUCGCGUCGACGUGUGGCAUCAGGUGUUGGUUCACCAUGACGGUCAGUGCACGAAGGACAAGAUUCUGGAGGCAUUAUUCGCAAGCAUUCCACUGUUUGACUUCUUCCCCGUCGCUUACCGGCGACACGCCAAUACUGAUUUCUUCUUGGUGCGAAUGUGUGGCCAGGCGCUGGCGAAGCUCUUUAGCGAUAAGUUGCGGCUCAAAGUCGGCCAGCAUGAGCUGUGCUUGAGUGUGCGCUUUGGGGCGGCGAAGUUUCAAAGCGGCCAAAUAUUUCCCCGCACGACGAUUGACAGCGCAGUGCAGGAGCGGGCCGGAAAUGGCCAGCUGUACGGUGAGCUGAGCGUACUGAAUUUGGACAGCUUUGCUUGCCACCCGUCGUUGGAGGAGCUCGAAGUUUGGCUUGGCAACCGGGCGCAGCUUGAGAUGGUGUGCUCGGCCGUGGCCAACGCUUUGAACACCAUGAAGCGUAUCAACACGUUGAAGCUGUCCAACAAUAGAAUCUGUCACGUUACGCCGUUGGGCGCGCUGAAAGUGAAAGGGUUGCAGUUGGUCAGCCUGAACUUACGAGGUAAUCGCAUACGCCAUCCGAGCUCGCUACGCACCCUGAAGGAUAUUAAGCUGUUGGAGCUUUACGUCGAAGGCAACCCUCUAACAGAUGUUCCGGACUACCAGGAAAUUCUGUGUGGAUUUUUCCCUACUCUCGUCAAACUGGACAAAUUCGGCCCCUUUGCUGCAGUGCCAAGCGCAACGAUUACACGGCCAGAUUGCGAGGAGGAGGUGGAAACGACAUCAGCGGGAACGCUGAUAGACGACCACGCUACGAGUCCGAUGGAAUUUCAAAAGUUCAACAUGUCCCCCAACUGGCACCAGGUUACGGUGCAUCACGAGGGUGGGUGUGGGAAGCAGGAAAUUUUGGACGGUUUCGCCGAUCUGCUCACGAAGCACGACUUUUUCCCCUGCUACUACAAGACGUACUCAAAGCACGACGAGUUCCUGGUGCGCAAUUGUUUCGAUGCGCUGCACUUUCUCGUAACAAGAAAGUUACGGCUUCGGGUGAUGACGUCGGGCGUGGAGCUUAGGCUAACCUUCGCCAUGAAUGUGGCAGAAGUGACUGAAAAUCACGUAGAUCCGAUUAAGAAACUGGGAGAGUUCACCAACACGCGGUAUAGCCAAAACUGUUUGGAUCUGAACUCCCUGCAGAAGCAAUUCAACGGGAUCAAGUUCGUCGAUUUUAGCUCCAAAUGCCAGAGGGCGUUGGGACACAUUCUGAACUAUGCUGCCAGAAGGUUCGGUACCAAUUGUUUCAUUAUUCGUUUGCGGAACAACGCGUUACAGAACUGCGAUGCGUUGGGCAGUUUGGCUCGGUUUAACUGGCUCGUUUCGUUGGAUCUUCGGAACAAUUCGCUGGCUUCGUUCGCCGCCCUCGACAGAUUGCCGCGGAAUGGUUUGAAAGAUGUGUUUUUGGAUUUCAAUCCACUGUGCAACACCGUAACGUCCAGCGCCGAGUACAUCCGUCAGGUGAAGAUGUACUUUCCGCUGCUGGAGCGUCUCGACGGGCGUCAGUUGCUGGCUGGUGGCAACCAUACGUAUUGCCAGAACUUUAUCUGCUCGCAGGAGGCAUACAAGUUUGCGGACUCGUUUGUGCGACACUACUUUUCGCUACACGACUCAUUCCAGCGCAGCGAGCUCGAGAACCUGUACCAUCCAGAUGCACAGUUUUCCAUGACGUGCUUGUUCGAUAUUGACCACUCGGUGCCGCUUGAUUCGCACCAGCAGCGACAGGUGGCGUACAACAAUCACAGCCGUAACCUGGUGAAGAUAGACUUCGAUCGGGCCAUUGCUGCAUUGGUGGUAGGUAAUAAAUCUAUCGCCUUUGUGCUCAAUUCGUUUCCCGCAACCGAGUACGAUCUGAUGUCGUUUCGGAUCGAUGUGCCCAUUUUCACACCGGAACGGGUGCUGAUCAUCGUGCACGGCAAACUGAAGGAAGGUACUCAAUCACUGUACAUGGGAAGCGUCAGUUUGGGCUUUACGCGCACAUUCUACAUCCAACCGUACGGCACAGGGAAAGGACUGUUUGCCGAAGCAAUGGACUACAAGAUCUACAACGACCUAUUCCACAUGUACACUCUCACCGACGAAGGAUCGUCCUUUUUCUCUAAACGUGAAGAGGAGACAGCGAAGAAGGAUCCGCACGACGAGGAAGUUUGUUCUUCGGAAACGGAUGAUCGGGAAAAUGCGAUGAUCGUGUUCAAGGGAUUGACGCAGUUGAACCGUGAGUGGUGCGUCCGCUGCCUGGAAGAAUCGUCAUGGAAUCUGAAGGUGGCCCUGAACGUCUUUCUUAAACUGUACCAGGCGCGCCGCAUUCCGAAGCUCGCAUUCGUUGAACGUGCGGAAUAAUGGUUGCUAAU